AUGAAAACGCAGGCGCAGCGAUACCACAGAACAUCUCUUCUGUCAGUGAAAAUUCAGAACACAAUAUCGCAGUUGUUGCUGAUGCCAAAACAAGAAAACGUAAAAGGAAUAUUAACAAAAAAACAGAGCGGAAAAUGAAACGUGCUUAUGGGAAGGAGUAUUUCACAGCAAAAGGCAAAAAGGUGGCGCAAAAAAUAUUCGUAAAUGAACCAUGUCAGCCUUCUUGCAGAAAUAAAUGCAAUGAAUUGGUAGCCGAAGAAGAAAGGAAGAUUUUAUUCCAGAAUUUUUACGAUAUGGCCAGUUUUCAAGCACAAAAUGCUUAUAUUUGUGGACUUUGCCAGCAGUCAACACCGAUUACUCAUCGAAUAAGAGAUGGCUCUAGAGGAAUAAAAAAUCGAACAGUAAGGUACCACUUACAAUUACCUACCAAAAACGUUAAAGUGUGCAAGCAGUAUUUUUAGGUACAUUUCAAAUCUCAAACGGAAGAGCUUCUAGAGCCCUCAAAAAGGUUACAGAUGGAAAAGAGCCGGGUAGCGAUUUAAGGGGGAAGCAGGUUUCUGUUAACAAAACCGAUGAAGGUAGACUGAAAAUACUCAGAGAUCAUAUUUCUUCAUUUCCCUCGUAUGAAUCACAUUAUACAAGAAGUCACAAUCCGAACCGCAAGUAUUUACCAGAAUCUCUUAACAUUAGAGAGAUGUACAAUCUGUACAAGAAUCAUUGCUAUACUUUGAACACACAACCUCUAUCAGAGUCAAUGUACAGAAAAGUGUUCAAUUUUGAAUUCAAUUUGCACUUUCAUCAGCCUCACAAGGAUACGUGUGUGAAAUGUGACACGUUCAAAAUGAAACUAGCCAUAGCUGAAGAUGAAGAAGAAAAGAGAAAUAUUGAACGUAUGAAGGAAAUACAUUUGAGAAAAGCAGACCUUGCAAGGGAGAAACUAGACGCAGCGAAAGAAGAAUCCAAGAACAAUUCCAACGUUUAUUCAUUUACGUUUGAUCUUCAGAAGGCGUUAGCUUUUCCAAAUUUGACAUGUUCAAUUGCAUACUACAAAAGAAACAUGUAUGUGUACAAUCUGGGCUGUCAUCAGCUAGCAGAUAGUUCAGCUUUCAUGUAUGUUUGGAAUGAAGUUGAAGGUUCCCGAGGAUCUCAAGAGGUUGCUUCUUGUAUUACAGAGCACUUAAGUCACAAUGUUUCCAAUGAUGUUAGUCAUGUAAUAACGUUCAGCGAUAGCUGUGGCGGGCAAAACCGCAACAUCAAGCUUGCUCUCACCAUGAUGCAGUUUAUUCAACAAGAGAAUUGUAAAAUUCAGACAGUAGAUCAUAAAUUUAUGGUCAGCGGACACUCAUUUCUGCCUAAUGACGCAGAUUUUGGCAUUAUAGAAAAGUAUUCUAAAGGAAAAACAAUAUACUCUCCUCGUGAUUGGUACGAUACCAUAACAAAGUUAAAGAAGAAGAAGCCCUUUGUGGUUAAAAUCAUGAACCGAGAAGACUUUAAUUCCACUCAGGCGCUCGAAAGAUCAAUUACUAGAAAAAAAACCAAUGUAGAUAAACACAAAGGUUGA